GCUUUGAGUGACGCCAUCAGCCUGCGCUGUGGUGUUUGUCGCUGUAAAGUUUUUUUGCUGUUGAGUUUCUAAUUUUCAGGUGAAAGGAAAUGUAAGACUCGUCGGAAAGGGAAAAGCUCAUGAAUUCGCGGAAGUUGCUGGAAUCAGGAUGAAAUUUGCAGGAUCAAGGUAGAGGUCCCCUUGCUGGAUACUACUUUAGUUGAUAAUGGAAAGAUUGCCAUUAUGUUAGCUAAUUAUAAACUAUGGAAGGUGUAAUAUGUGAGGUGAAAGAUGUCAGUGUUCGGAAACACAAUACUUCUCCAUUUUGGGCACUCGGUGUCCACAGAAACACUCGCAGAAAGUGAUGCUAGUAAUGUGAGUGGAAUUGUCAGUAUCAAGAAGAAGGGUCCUGUCAGCAGGUGGUUUGAGGAAAGUUCUAGAAUAUCUUUACUCUUCUGCUGACGUUCCUCAGUGAUACUUCUGAAAAAAUAAUAUUCCAGAGUACAAUAUGAAACCUGCUUAUGAACGAAACCAAGAAUGCCUGCCACCAAAGAAACGAGAAUUACUCCAGAAUAGUACUGGAGGCGAGGACGUCUUAAAAAAUAACACAUUGCCAACCAGCGUCACCACUGUAAGCGAUGCUGAUUGGUCAAGAAGUGCUACUGAAGAGAACGAAACAACGCUGAGAUAUGGAGUCAGAGCAGAUAAUGGUGAAAGCUCACCAGGAGUCGCAGUGGAUCAAUAUGGCAUGAUGUACAAAUUGGCUGUACCUUCUGCAAACUAUUCACUGAGUCCUCAGCAUUCAUUGGUGAAUAUGGGGCAUCUUUCAACAGCAUACAGCAUUGCGUCUCCACUUAUUCAGCACCCUGGGGUUCCAUACACACCUGUUCAUUACACCCAACUACCCCACACUUCACUGCAAUUUGUUGGACCUCCAUAUUCGGUACCAUAUGUUUCUCAUGGGAUACUGCCAAAUCCGUUGAUUUCUUCUGCUGUGGGAAUCCCCACCUCUCAUCUUUCCCAACUUGUUUCAUAUCCUCCUAUGAUGGCUGAGACUAGCACUCCUCCUCCACGGACAGCAUCUCCUGCACAAACGUACAAUAAAGCCACUGGGUCUCCUGUACACAGUUUGACUCCACAAGGACCACUGCCUCACCUGACAACAGCAGAUCUUUCCCAAGCUGUGGCGCAUGGUAGGGUCCCGUUGCAUUUUCAACCUUCACUAUUAACAUCAUCCUAUGCAACCUUUGCUACAGCAGUGCAAAAUCCAGAAAUGUGUCCUGAAAAUAGAUAUAGCCUGCACAUGGCAAAAGAUAAAGAAACUUCAGAAACUGUAUUGGAAGUCUCGGCAAACCGAAGUGAAGGAACUUCAGAUCAUCAGAAUUAUGAGAGACGAUCACGGCAUGAGAGAUUUAUAGAACUUCAGGCACCCCAUUAUGUUGGCAGCAGAAAGGAAAUUCCGCUUUCUGCCUCAUCGAUGGAAAACCCAAGAGCCAGUCCCCACUUUUCUGUUCACCGGGAACCAAGAAAUGAAGUUAUCUCUCCAGCACAGAGGAGUACACCGGAUACAGACCUAGAGGUCCAACAAGUGGUUGGGAGUUUGGGCACUCAAGGGUGUCAGGGUCCUGUGGUUGUUAGAAAAGAAGUCUUAAGUAACAGUAAAGUUUCACAGAAUUCAUUCAAAAGUCAAGAACAAGUAAAAUACCACUCACAGAUCAUUCCUAGUAAAAACAUUGUAGAAUUUUGCUCCAGUGAAGAAUUACCACGAUCUCCCUGUCUGCCUGCUGGACUCAAAAGACAAUCAUUAGAUGGCCAGCGUGGAUAUUUGCAUAAAACAAUAAUAUUAGCCAGUGGGCAGCAAGUGUUAAUGCCUGUUGAUGCCCCUUUGCGCGAGGAGGAUGCAUUGGUUAAUAAUGUUGCUGUAACAACUGAACCCACAAUUCAAAGUCAUCCUGAGAGGCAGACAGCUUGUGCAGUGGUUCCACUUCCAGUAUCUCAAUCCACAGUACCAAUUCUUCAGCCUGUCCUGGUCCAACAGACCCCACCUGCUCAUAUUCCUUCACACUUUAUGAAAGGUGCAAUCAUCCAGUUAGCAAAUGGGGAGUUGAAACGUGUAGAAGACCUGCAAGCGCAGGACUUUGUGCAUAGUGCAGAGAUUAGUGCCGGGUUAAAGAUUGACUCCAGUACAGUAAUUGACAUUGUUGAAGGUCAGCGCCCUGGCCAUGUCACCCUCCAUUUCUCUGUAGGAGAAACUCAAACAAAGGUGAGUGUAGAGGUCACCACAGAGCAUCCCUUCUUUGUAUUUGGUCAGGGUUGGUCCUCUUGUAACCCAGAACGUACUGCACACAUCUUUGGACUUUCAUGUCAAAGACUCACGGUGGGUAAUGUCUGUGUAUCACUUGGUGUCCAAACAUCUGGCAAGAGCUCUAUUCAGCCAGCUUCAACUCCAGUCAAUACUAUUUCAGUUCAUGAUUCAAGGACCGUGGGAACAUCUGAAGUUGUCUUAGCUCCUCCAGAAGUCUCAAUCCAUAGAAACUCUGAAGUUAAGAACCGUUCAAAAGACGUGCAGUGUUUGCAUACAUGUUCUGACAGCAUUCCCAGCCGCCUGAAUUAUCAACACCGUUGGGCCACCGCAGAUUUCCAAAGAGAUGGCUUUCAGUCAGAGGAGAUGAAAAGUUUCUCCCGGCCUUCCUUCAUACCACAGGAAGUCAAACUUUCAAUUGAGGGACGUUCAAACGCUGGGAAAUAAUUGCAUGAACUCUGCAGGACUAUAAAUUAAGACAGUUUCACAUCUACUAUGACAGCCUUAUGCCAGUUAUACUAUGGUCUUGAUUGAAAUAUACUUUGAUAGUUUUCAUCAUGCAUUUGCAGCAUAGGAGAGAUAGGAUCUUUCAUUGGAACAUUAAUGGGGAAUGUGUGACAGGACAGAUUUUUCUUUAAUAAUAAAUGAAAAUACUACUAACUAUACAAAGCUCAUUUUACAUAAACAUUUGUGUUUCUGACUGAAAACUGGUAAAUGCUAUAUUUUGUCCCCCUGCAAUGCUUGUUAUGUCUGUAGGUUGGCAAAGUUAGCAUGAAAGAAAGAAAAGGUUGAACUGUUGAGGACCCUACAGUAAAAUUCUAUAUAUUGUUUUUGAAGUGCAUUAUAUGUGAUUAAUUAAUGAUCCUUUUUACCUAAAUUUAACUCUGUUCUCAACAAAGCAAAUUUUCAAGUAAAUUAAAUGCUAAAUUGAUAGUGGCCAAUUUCAAGGUGGACAAUUGUUUAUUUAACUUAACAGGGAUUUUAUUUGCAAAUCAAAAAUGUAAUUUUGAUAUGUUAUGUAAGGAAAUUUCAAAAAUCAAGCAUUGAAGAAAGCCCACAAGUGUGUUGCCUGGUAGCAUUUAAGUGCAAAAGUAUACACAUUCUUAGGAAGUAAUUUGCAAAGGGUCAUUGAUGCAUGGGAGAUCUCAAUCCCUUUCAGAUAUCACUAAUUUUGUACCUAACAGGACUUGUUGGUUUUAAAUCCAGAAAGACUCUUUCAUUUUGUCCUUAGUGCAUAAUUCUGACACUAAGUGACUGACAAAACAUUUGACAAACAUGGCUCAGUUUCGUAUUAAUGUCCAAUGGACAGAUCCUAAUUCUGACAAGAGUAAAUUGACCUACGUAAGCUGGAUUUAACACAUGGUCAAAUGCUAUGUGGAUUUUGUUAUCCUGGGUUUAAAAUUUAAGAUAUUUAAAAUAUUAUAAAUGCUCAUGAUACAAUUAGCGUAAUCAACAGAGUAAUUCACUUUUCCUUUAUAUGCUUUAAGAACAUUGUUUUGUAACUUUCAAAAAGGAUCAAGUACUUUACAGUACUAAGUUCCAGUGUUUUAAGGUUUUGUUUCUUUCUUAACAAGAUUAAUUUAGGUAAACAGCCGAAGCGGAGUAGCUAUUAAAAUGUAGGUACUCUGGUGUAACAGUGAGAGAACUCGAACACCCUGUGCCAAGUUACUGAUGCGUGAAAUUACCCCAAUGAAUUCUUAUGACGAUAGAAGUGACAUCUUAAGAUGUCCUGUGGUAAUGAACAAGAGCUUUCAAAUUAGUACAAUUCUGAAGGGCAUACAUGUAAAUUGGACCUACCUUUAUUAACUUUUAAUUCUCUUUGCACUUUCUUAUUUUUGCAAAAUUUCAUUUAAUAUUUAAAAUCUGCUUGAGAUGCAAGAGUGAUUUAAUUAAUUACAUUAAACAGAAAUGGAAACAAAACUUCAAUUAAACUAACUUUAAAACGCCAAUCCACUUUCACAAGUAAUGAAAAGCAAUUCGGUCUGUCUGCAUUCAGUGACAGUUUAUGCGUGGUCAAAUGCAAAGAAAUGCUUCCACUAUGGGCCACAUAGAUAUAUAUAGUUAGAUUAAAGUCAUUUGAGCAAAAGAUUAAUUAAACUGUACAGAAGUGUGCUUUUGGUAUGCUACUCUCUUUACGGUGUGGUGUUCAUGUUCUGUGCAUGCAGUUUUGCUUUUUUUAAAAGUUUAUCUUGUGUCCUAGUUUCAAUUUUUUAUUUAAACAAUCCAAAUUUGUCAUGAUUUUAAAAAUAAUUCUGUUGAACUGUGUGGUUCAAAUCCUCUUGCAAUGGACUUCUCGGAUAUACAGAGAGAUACUGCAAUGAUUAUUUAUUGCAUUGCUUCAAAGGUUAAUAUGUUCAUGAAAGUAGAAAGUUGCAAUAUUCAACAGUGUAAUUAAAAAAAAACAAAAAUGAUAGAUAAAGAAAGAAUUAGGCUAAGGUAAAGAAUGCCUGAGGGAUUCCAGUGUCUGUUUCUGAGAAUAGGUGGUGCAUUAUUCUGAAGUGUGGUUUUAUUCUUUUGAUGACUAGGAACCCCAGUACUAUAUGACUAAUUACACACAGAUGAUGUGGGAAGAAUAUUAGAAGGUUAGCCUAGUGUACAUUGUAUUAUCACCUCGCACUUUUAAAUUAUUAGUGUUCAUUAACUAGAUUACCUAACAGACUUUCUGAUAUUGCUGUGUAUACGCAUUAUCUUUUGUCAUGUAAUUACUUGCAUUAAUGCACUUUGACAGUUUAAACAGAAACAAAUCUGAUUAUCUGAAAUUACCAAAAUUAAAACAAAGUAAUAUGCAAUUAAUGAAACAGAUUUUUAAAAAUGUAAUAUUGAGAAACCUCCACACAAUAUGCUUCAUGUUCAGUUAAUUAAAUAUGAUUCUUCUAUUCAUUUUCUGAAACUAUGGGUAUAUUUGUGCAGUACCAUGAGAAACACAAUGUGUUUAAUCACUAGUGGACAGGACUUGCCAACAUUCAUGCACAGAGCUGUGAAAACCAUCAAACCUUGUACAACUUAAUAGAUAUACCAGAGCUGACUUCUGUAUUUUAAAUUAACUGUUGCAUUCUUAGUAAUGUGACUCUGAUUUUCUUUUCCCUCACUUAUCCAGGGUUAAAUUACAUUGCAGCAUAACCUGAAACAAUGAGUGUUUAGCAACUUAAAAAGAAACUUUUCUGUAGGCAUUUUGUUGGUUGAAGGACUAUAUUCUUGUGCUGAAAAGCAUCUUUAAAUACAAGACUUGGCAUAUUUACUAGUACACUAGUAAUACCCAAGACCGAGGCUAAUUUUUAUCAUCUAGGAGUGAAUGCCAUUGUCAACUGUGGUACUUGGAAUCUCUUUUGAAAAAAAUCUAUCCUAAGUGUUGUCACUGGAAGUCAAUGACUGCCCAGACCAUGCAGUAUUUAUACAUUAAAACAUAUUUACAAUUUAUUUGGAAGUUGCACUUGCUAAGAACUGACAUGGGGAGGACAUAAAAGGGAACUUUAUAGGUUCAGGAAUUAUACCAAAGUUCAAAGGUUUUUUAGCAGGCUGUUCUGGGUCUAGUAAUGUUUAAAAAUCUUUACUUGCGUAAAAUAGCACUGGGUCUAAAAGUACAAAUCUGAGCUGUAGCCAAAUCCCACAAUACAAAUACUCUAAUCUCUGGACUAGAAAUUGCUUCGCUUAUAAUCCUUAUCUGCAGUAACUGCAGCUUUAAUAUUUUUCUUUUGAAAUUGAAUCAACAAUUAGUAAUUUAGAACAUUGAUUAUUAAAAUCAGUUUGUAUUACAUCACAGAUUACUAAAUUCCAUAUCAACUUAGUUGCAUUAUUGUCAUGAUUCCUACCAUAUAGAUUUUUCAAGCCUUUUGGACCCUAUCCAUUAAGAUGCAUUCUAAACAAAAUAUGAGGGGAUUUUAAUUUGCUUUGCGACGUGUUACCUGGUGUGAUACAUUUUUGUGCACGAUUACCUACUGUCUCUUCUACAUUUAUAAGAAUAUUUGAAGAGUUGGAUAGAAAGCUCUUUUUCUUUUAUACUAGAACAUUUUCAAAUUCACAAAAUUGCCAAUAGAAAUAGAAAUAAGUUUUACUUGUUAAUGACAUAAUUUGU